AUGCGAUAUCUCGACUCAGGUGGUAAAUUCACUCUCCAUACCCCGGGGAGUUUCCAUUAUCAGCCACCUCGCAGUCGGUGGCUCUUGAUCGGGGCGUCACCAGGUGUUAAUCAUGUCGUUGUCGGCCGGAUCAAAUGCCGCAGACGCGUGCCGCUUCUGGAGGCGGAGUCGACGGAGGCGCCUACCGUCAGCCCCAGCCAAUCAGCGCAGGGCUGCUGUGUGGCAGCUGGGCGGAGACGUCGAGGUGGCGCCGGCGCUACAACAGCGGAACAGCCCAUAGACGCUAUUGUGUUCGUUGUUUUGCGAGGAAACAUGACCGAUUUGAAUGUACGACUGGCCAAUGACGAACUUUGGACGAAAUUCCAUGAAAACACCACUGAAAUGGUGGUGACUAAGACUGGCAGAAAGAUGUUCCCGAAAUUGGAAUACGUUAUCGAAGGCCUCAAAACCGACCAAGCAUACGGAUUAGUGCUGCAGAUCGAACAAGUAGAUGAUAAUCGGUACAAAUUCUCCGGAGGUGAAUGGAGUGCCGCAGGACGAGGUGAAGCUGGUGGCAUCGCCAAAAAUGUUAUGCACCACGAUGGUGUCAUGCCGGGUGCACACUGGAUGCGUCAACCGGUGAACUUCGAACGCGUCAAGAUCACUAACAAUCCUAACGACACAAAUCCAAGCCAUAUUUUUCUCCAAUCAAUGCAUAAAUACAUCCCCGUGUUGAGCAUCUUCGAAAUUGCACAGAGUGCAACACCCUUCAUGUCAGCAUCAACGAGUCAACCUCCAAAACAGAUCGCUCGGAUACGAAUUCCACAAACCGAGUUUGUUGCCGUCACUGCAUAUCAGAACAAUACCAUCACACAAUUGAAGAUUGAACAUAAUCCAUUUGCCAAAGGAUUUCGCGACGGCGGCGAACGCAAACGGUCUACGCCAGAAAAUUGCCUGUCUUCGCCAUCUCCAAAGCGUAUCUUUUCACCGGUGAACUAUACGCCAUCCCUGGAUAAGCCAAUGCCAGUGCUUCCGACGCCAACCCCAUUGCCAAUGCCACCAAUGUGGCCUGGAUUCUACCAAGCAUACUGGAAUCCUUAUUCGUACAUGCUGAAUCCGCUCCUGGCAAGAUUUGGCGCUGCUCCAAAGUGAACUUGGUUAUAGAAAAAAAUUGUAACGAAAUAGGCAACUGUGGUUGUAAAAAUGCAAUAUGAUACUAUACGUUAGCAGUAUUAUUCGCUGUCGAAUUCUCAGCUAACUAUCUCUGUUGACAUUUAGUAGGCAUGAGCUAAAAAUGACUAAAUGUCAGCGGCUUAUGCAUUUUCUAUACAUAUUUGAAUCUGAGCUGAUUCGCAGAUCUUCCCAGAACUACCUAUACUUUCAGUUGUACAGUGACUUAUCGAUUCAUAGAAUUUUGUUUUCCUGUCUGAGAGACACUAUCGGGUCAUUCUUGUUUAUUUGUUUCUUAGAGCCUAUCCGU